UUAGCUCAGAAAUGACCAUGACAUAUAGAUAUGUUUUUAUUAUUUUUUUUAAUGGCAAGGCAAACAGAACCCUGACUUUCAACACACUUAAAGUGUAACGUUAGAACAUUCACAUUACCUAAAUCGAUAGUUCCAAUCACAGUCUAAAAACUGGAACACACCGCACGACUUUGGAACGAAUCUGAACCGAUUUUAAAAUACCAGGCAUCAUACACGUAGCUACUGACCUUGUAAAUGGUUACAGAGGAAAACCUACUCAUACAAAACGACUGUGGAGUGUGGACACACACCACUAAUGAUGGGGAGUCGACUCCAAAAGAGUCGAUUCCUCGACCUCCACUCUUAAAGGGGUAGCUCACCCAAAAUGAAAAAUUAAAAAGUAUCCCAUUAUUUUCCCACCCUCAAGCCAUCACAGGUGUAUAUGACUUUCUUCUUUCAGCAAAACACAAUCAGAGUUAUGUUAAAAACUCUGGACUCUUCCAAGCUUUAUAAUUGGAGUGGAGUCCAAAAAGUGCAUCAUCCAUCCAUCCAUCAUAAAAGUAAUCCAUAUGACUCAAAGGGAAACAGUUUUGUAAGAAAGAUAUCCAUAUUUAUAUCUUUAUAACUAUAAUCACUGGCUUUCGGUAACGGCCAUAUCUAGUUCCGGCCGAAGAGUGCUAUCUGACCCGAAACAUGAUACACCUAGGAUCUCUUGAAGUAUUGAGCAAAUGCUGGCUGUGAACCCCGGGAAGACGCCCAUCAGUCUGCUGCAGGAAUAUGGAACGCGGAUAGGCAAGACUCCAGUGUACGACCUGCUCAAGGCUGAGGGUCAGGCCCACCAGCCCAACUUCACCUUCCGUGUGUCUGUGGGCGACAUCAGCUGCACCGGCCAGGGUCCCAGCAAGAAAGCUGCCAAGCACAAAGCUGCCGAAGCUGCCCUAAAAAUGCUGAAAGGAGGAAUUCUGGGAGGGGUCGAAGGAAAUGGGAUGGAGGGAGAAGGCUUUGUCGGAAUUGAUAUGGAGGGAGAAUGCUCUCAGUCAGAGAUGAAAUCAUCCAAUUCAACGCAACAAGCUGAGUGCAAUCCAGUUGGAGCUUUGCAGGAACUAGUAGUGCAGAAAGGCUGGCGUUUACCCGAGUACACAGUCACACAAGAAUCUGGACCUGCACACCGGAAAGAAUUUACAAUGACCUGCAGGGUGGAGAGAUUUGUUGAGAUAGGUAGUGGCACAUCAAAAAAGCUUGCUAAAAGAAAUGCAGCGGCAAAGAUGCUCUCUCGCAUCCAUGAUGUACCAGUGGACAUGCGUAGCAGCCAUGAGGCCGAAGCAGAAGAAGACACUUUCAAUUCGCAAAUGGGCGGCAGACUAGAGGGAGGGAAGUCUAAAGGUCUGGGCUGCACGUGGGACUCUCUGCGGAACUCAGCUGGAGAGAAAAUCCUACAGUUGCGCUGCCAUCCACUCGGCCAGCCCGACACCAAUGACUCCAAUUUCUGUUCUCUCCUUCAUGAACUUUCUGAGGAACAACGCUUUGAUGUCAGCUACCUGGACAUAGAGGAGCGCAGUUUGAGCGGCCUUUACCAGUGUCUGGUGGAGUUGUCCACACAGCCGAUUACCGUCUGCCACGGAUUUGCCUCCAGCCUGGAUGCAGCACGUGCCAGUGCUGCCCACAAUGCCCUUCAGUACCUCAAGAUCAUGGCAGGGGGGAAAUAAGCCAGAGCAACUGCUCAACUGUAACUUUUUUUUCCCCUUUCUUUUUUGUUUCCCAGGGUAAAAUAGGAAAAUCAGGUGAAUUCUGUGACGGGGCUUGCUUGUUUGACACAGUACAUGUGCUACAAUGGUCUGCAAGGCAUAAUGGUCUGUUGAGUCCCAGUUGGAGGAUGUACUGAUUACAUCUUCUCCUUGAACAUGACAAAAAAAAAAAGUCUACCCUCGCAAACAAAGACUGGGUACACUAUUCAUUUGAAACCUGAGGACAAUUUCUACACAAAUAAUUUGCCCAGAAGUCUUCAACUUUUAACUUUCCCUCUGAUUUUCUUUUUUCAUUUAAAUUAUGACAUAGAUACUGUAUGAACUUGAUGAAUUGAUUAAACUAAAAUAGGCGGCAUGAUUUUUUUUUUUAAACUUUGUAAAUAUUUGACUUUUGUAUAUUUUAAUUUCAUCAUUUUUUUAGUAAUAGAAGUUAUUCCUUAACAUUUAUUUUGUCUCGUAGACUAAAUUUGUAAAACAUUCUUUUUCUCUCAGCCAUUGAAGAUGUAUCAUUUUUUAAAUAUGAGUCUGACAGUUUGUGGUAAAUAUCUACCUCGUUGUAAUAGUUUCUGCCUCCCAGGCUUCAUCAUUGGACUGGCAAAGAUUGAACUCUGUAUUUGAGAGUAACUGUAAUUUUCAUAAUCAGUAUAAUAGAAUUGAUGACCAACAGUAGUACUGUGACAACAUUUGUAAUUUGUAACAAAUUGGUUAAUCUGCAAUUUACUGGAUAUUUUAUCUUGAACAAUAAACUUGAAAUUGACAUUAUCUUU